AUGGGGUGCGCACCUCUUGUUUCUGGCCUGAGGGCGUCUGUCCAGAAAAUCUCGGAGCCGGGGGCGAGGGGUUGCUCGAAAGGGUCAUGCAGGACGCGAUUACGUAGUACUGGCCCCUGCUGUGUCGAAUCUUUUUUUUUUUGGACGGUUUGGGGAGUUGGCGGGUCGUGUUGUGACUCUAGGCUGGCGGCGAUUGUGAGCCUUUUGCCUUUACAGUGGCAAGUUUGUGGAUUAACAUGUUUUUUAAGCGGCGUCAUUAUUUGCAGACGCGGUGGCACUGGGUACAUUACCACCCGGGGCUUGAUUGUUUGUUGGCGUCACACCCGGGUUUAUCAACAUGUCGUUGGUUGGUGUGGAAGCAAUUUGACGCAACCGCUGAAGGUAUUGAGCCAUCAUGCACGACAAAGAGUUUUGAACCGGAGUCGAUGUAUACCUGCGCAUAUGGGCGGAGAUGUGGUAUUCGUUUUGCUGUUGCGAGAAGCUACCUGCAGUUGCAUUAAAAAAAGGAAAAAAACAUAUAAGGGGCGCUUUCAGUAA